CAAUCUCGGAUUGAAAAGACGUCCAUUGGCAUCAUCAGCGUCCCUACUGCAUCGAGUAUCAACUGACAAGAUUGCACAUUCACUCCUCCGCUGUCUGGUCACUGGCCAGUCUUCUCGUCACAUCACAAUGGCCGACACGGAGAAGAAGAAUAUCGUUAUCAUUGGGGGAGGCAUAAUCGGUUCAACGACAGCAUACUUCCUCACACGCCACCCCAAAUACAGCCCGGAGCAGCACUCGAUCCAUCUCAUCGAAGCUACAUCAAUAGCCAGCGGCGCCUCCGGAAAAGCAGGCGGUCUGUUGGCGCUGUGGGCUUAUCCGUCAUGCCUAGUGCCACUGAGUUUCAAGCUACAUGCCGAAUUGGCGAAAGAGCACGGUGGUGCUGAACGCUGGGGAUAUCGUGGUGUCGGUGUGGGCCAAAUCGACCUGAUCGGCCGACAUGUCUCCAAUCAACCGCAGAUCACUAAGAACGGGGACUCCAAGAAUGAAGAUAUCAGAGGCUUGCAUAGACCAGACGUAUCGAGCGAUGGCAACGUGAGUCUCCAGAAGCGAAGCAAAGACUCGUACUCCAACUUGCGCAAAAUGGGUAUGCCGGACGACCUCGACUGGGUAGCUGAAGAAUGCGUGCAAGGCUACGAUAGUAUGGGCUCGCCUAAGGAUACGGCGCAGGUGCACCCAUAUCAAUUUACUACAUCAAUGGCCUCGCUUGCCGAGGAAAAAGGAGCGAAGGUCAUCAUUGGCAGUGUCGACAAGAUCGAGACUUCGCCCUCAGGGGAGCAUACUGUCAAGUACACCGGAAAAUCAACAGGCUCCCAACAUUCUCUACCCGCAACAGAUGUGAUCGUCACUGCCGGCCCGUGGACAAAGACUGUCUGGCCAGGCUCGCCGAUCGGUGCACUUCGAGCACACAGUGUCACCAUUCGUCCUACAAGGCCUGUCUCCGGAUACUGCCUGUUCACGCAGCUGGCACUCCCCAAAAAUUUCAAGGAGGGCGUCAAGUCGAGGGCCAUGCAUGUCAGUCCGGAAAUCUACGCUCGGCCAAACAACGAAUUGUACGCUUGCGGAGAAGGAGAUCACCUCGUGCCACUGCCGAAAUCUACUGCAGACGUACAGGUCGACGACUCGCGCUGUCAGGAUAUCGUGGACUACUGCGCCAGUUUCUCCGACGAAAUGCGUGACGGUGAAGUCUUGGUCCGACAGGCUUGCUACUUGCCCCAGGUCGAGACGGGAUCUGGGCCGUUGGUCGGGCUCACAAACACGAAAGGAGUGUAUCUUGCCGCUGGGCAUACAUGUUGGGGUAUUCAGAAUGGGCCAGCUACGGGAAAACUGAUGAGCGAAUUUGUCUUCGACGGCAAGGCCAUCAGUGCGAACGUGAACAGCUUGGAUCCAAGGAGAGCACUCAGGUAGGCAUCCACUGAUUGUCAGAACCAAGAUGAAUUGUAAUAUAUCGCCAAGCUCGCAC